CGCAGAGCGGUCACGUGGUGGUUAGCCGGGAAAAUGGCGGCUUCGGGAGAGAGUGGUGCUUCGGGUGGCGGAGGCAGCACAGAGGAGGCAUUUAUGACCUUCUACAGUGAGGUGAGCCCGGAUUCUGACAAGGCGUGCUUGGCAGCCUACUCGGGGCUUGCCCUCCUCAUCCUUUCUCGGCACUCCAUGUCAAGCUGCUGUUCUGUUCUUCAGAUAGAUCCUGAAGUGACAGAUGAAGAAAUAAAAAAGAGGUUUCGUCAGUUGUCCAUCUUGGUGCAUCCUGACAAAAACCAGGACGAUGCUGACAGAGCACAGAAGGCUUUUGAAGCUGUGGACAAAGCUUACAAGUUGCUACUGGAUCAGGAACAAAAGAAGAGGGCCCUGGAUGUAAUUCAGGCAGGAAAAGAAUACGUGGAACACACUGUAAGUAUCUCUAGUGCUGCUGUGUUUAUAGGAAGUGACAGCAAGCCUGGGGCACCAUGUAGAAGGGUGUAUGCAACCUAUGUUGACUUUUAUUUUCUUUUGUCCUUAAUUUUCUUACAGUUCAAACAGGCAGUCUACAAACAGACCAUGAAGCUGUUUGCUGAGCUGGAGAUUAAAAGGAAAGAGAGAGAAGCCAAAGAAAUGCAUGAGAGGAAGCGACAGAGAGAAGAGGAGAUCGAAGCCCAGGAAAAAGCCAAGCGAGAAAGAGAAUGGCAGAAAAACUUUGAGGAAAGUCGGGAUGGUCGAGUGGACAGUUGGCGAAAUUUCCAGGCAAAUACAAAGGGGAAGAAGGAGAAGAAGAAUCGGACCUUCCUGCGGCCACCGAAAGUCAAGAUGGAGCAGCGGGAGUAAGCAGCAGGACCAGAGCCUCCCCGCUGCCUCCUCCUGCUUCACGGACUCAUUCUUUCUCCACCCCACCAUAGAGUAGCGAUUGCUUUUUAGUCUAUUUUGUUGUCAAUACAAUUUAAUAUCAAUCAGAGUAAUCCUUUGUACAUUGAGAGGAGGGGCUUGGUCUCACCAUCCCCAUUCUCUCCCCACGGAUCCACCAGGAUUGAAGGAGCUUCGAACCCAUGCCGCCGCCUUUUCCUACGCCUCUAACUUAAUGUUUUAUAUUUGAAUUGUGUGGCUCAAGGGUCAUGCAUAGUCUGUGGAAAAUUUCCAGUUAAAUGUCUUGCUUACAGUGGUGUUGCCCUGACUCCAGAUCAGCCUGGGCCACCUUGGGAAGCCAUCCUUGAGGCCCUUGCUCCAAUAGGAGAGGUAUUGUGAAUUCACAUGGCAGUCACUUGUUGCCCUGAUGCCGUGUGGUGUUUGGCACGAGGCUCCCAGCCACUUAAACCUGUUCACUUUCCAAAGAAUUCACUAUCUUCCAGCCAGUCCCGUUGUGUCCUCGCUUGUCUGCAUUUAUUAGUGGUAAUAUUCUUUUACGUAUAAUAAAUUUUUAUACCCAA